CUGCUAGGAUUGCGUCUCAGUGUCAACCACAGCCAGAGCUCACCAAAGGACCGGAGGCAACCAGGCAGAGCACUGCUUGCUUGAAAGGGAAGCUGAGCUUUCCUGGCUGUGGAGGAUAAAGGAUGGAGUGGCCAAGCCCGCCCUUCUAACCACCAUCCCCGUCUGAAAGGCUGACUCAGCCUGCUCCGAAGCCCAGAACCUUCUUUUGCUAGACCCUAGAGCCUUUGUUUUUAGUCAUGAGGCCUGAGGGGGUGGGGACAGUGGAUAAAAGGUCCCAAAGGCAGCAUCCACACCCUUCUGCUGAGCUGCUGUCCACAUGAAGCCACCAAUGCAGCCCCUGACCCAGGCCCUGCCCUUCUCUCUUAGAGAUGCCCUUCGAGGCACUGGUCUCCAGGUGCCUGUCAUUAAGAUGGGCACAGGGUGGGAGGGCAUGUAUCGAACCCUGAAGGAAGUUGCCUACAUCCUUCUUUGUUGCUGGUGUAUCAAGGAACUGCUGGAUUAAUGGUGGCAGGGAACACCCGUCACCCCUGACACCAAGACCUGCACCACUCAGGUGGGGAGGGGAGGGCAGACUGUCAGGAGGUGUGGCUGCAGUUUCUGGGGUGGAACCUGCAGCCCAGCUCUCCCAUCUUUUCUAUAGCCCUAAGACUCCUGGAGCCAGCUGGCCUUCACCAAGGACGGGCCACAAAGAGCUGAAGAGUGAACCAUGAACCUUGCUCUGAGCUAUCCAUCCGUCUGACCUGCCUCAUCCUGGGCAUCUAUCCUCAGCUCCUGGCUCUGCUGUGCUUCUGGGACGCAUGAGCUUGGCUUGCCGGCUCAGACUCCAAUGAGACUACAGCAGGAUCUAAUAUUCCUCCAAAAUUGGCACAGUGAGCCCACCAACCCACGUACUUGAAGAACCAGAAAUGGACUGCCCCUAAGAUAUCUGGUAAUCACUCAACUAUAAAUAUAAUAAAUAGGCCUUGAGGCCAACAGUUCUGAACAUUUAAA